UGAUGAGGACGACGACGAUGAUGAUGAAUAUGGGACAAGAUAUUUCGGGUCCCGCAAGGGUCGGCUGAGUGAUGAUGGUUUUCCUUAUGGUUUACAGUAUGUGCAGAGAAGUCAUCGUCCAAAUACUAUUGGUCAAAAAUUGAUGAGUUGGGAAGACAUCACCUGGGAGGAGAGUCCUGCUUUCAGGAGCUUUUGGAAGGCCGGCAGGGGAGAUCAUUUUAGUCCUUUUGGUGGUAGAGGGAGGUCUAUGUUAAUAGAUGUGGAUUUGAAGGUGAAAGCAAGCUAUCAGAAAGAAGCAGCUGUUCCUAUUGUGUCUCUCAGGAGUAAAGUAGACGGAAGGGCAAUAAUAGGGCACCCAAUUCAAGUCGAGCCCCUGGAGCAUGGCUCAACUGAUGCUCUUCUGGUUUCCACAAGUGAUCACUGUAGCAGUGAGACAACAGUUGAACACCAUGAUAGGAAGGGGGUUGCAGCUUCAGUACUUCAACAACCAUCAUGGAGAACUGCCAGGAGGACCAACAAUUUCAGGGUUCCACGGCCUGUCAUUGGUCAGGUUCCCCGGGUCAGUGGUUCGGGUCGUAGAGGGUUGUCUGGAGGUGGUGGAGUCCGGAAGGGCAGCAGUGGUCAGGUUCCUCGGCCGAUGAGGAAAGUGGGGAAGAAGAAAGCCGGUGGUAUUUUGUCAUCCAGUCAGAAGACAAGGAUGCUCUCUUCCAUAGGGUUCCAACAGCGGAAGGGCGGUAGUAGUUGCAGCAGUGGGGGCGGCAGCAGCAACAGCAGUGAAAUGGGAGGAGGGGUUAUAAAAGGGGAGAGUUCUGGGCUCACCACGGUGGCUUGCAUACCUGUGAAGUUAGUGUUCAGUAGGUUGCUGGAGAAGAUAAACAGACCACCUUCAUUUGGAGUCAAGUAGUCAUGAUCUAGCGUGGAUACAGAUGAUAGACAAGAACAGCAGCAGCAGCAGCAGCAUUAGGAGCAUGUACAAUUUUCUUCUUUUCAGCUCCCUUGUUUCUUCAUUUCUUUGUUCUUUUUGACUGAGAAAGCAAGGAAAAAAGAAGAUAGAUGGAUAUAUAAAAUAUAGAUAGAUAGACACACUGAUAUAGUAGAUUAGGAUGUACGAAAUGCAGCAAUUGUUGCUUGCUAAUGGUGGGGGAAGGUUGCUUGCUUAUUCUUGACAAUGUUAAUUGUUUAUGACUUUCGACACGGAACGGAAUGGAGAUAGGCAGUAAAGAGUACUGGUGAAUUGAAUUGUGAUGGAAAUAGAAGGUAGAGUAAGCACAGGUGCAGGGAAAGGAAUAUGUCUAGGGGGGACAUGAAUGUACAUUAGACUUGUUUUUUGGCAGAAAGUGGAAGGAAGAAGCAAUAGGAACUUAAUAGGAAACCUCAUUCUUUUGUUUGCAGUUUGCUUGAAUUUGUUUGCCAUUCUUUCAUUAUUUUGUUUUCAGAUUUGAAUCUGAUAUUGCUGGUCAGUUAAGACUUUUCAAGAGUCGGCUUCUCACUUGACUAGUAGCAAAUGCACAGAGUUAGCUUGAAAGAAUCCAGGUGACUUGAUCAUACAUUCUUGGAAUACUGACUGAAACAUGGCUAGCAGUGAACAACUCUCCUUAAGCAUAGUGUCAAAAGUGAUGCAAGUUUUAAGCAAAUACCGUAAGGAUAAGAGUCUUGAGAAGAUGCAAGUAAAAGCAACUUAAGCAGAAUCUUUCCCUGUGCUCAGACAAAAUGUAUCCGUCGUCCUUGUAUAAACUAAAGAGCGCUAGUGCAUCAUCCUUGUUUACAAUAUCACCGAGGCAGGACCCCAAUUGUAGCCGUUUUACUAUUUCAGCGAAUGCAUCAAUGUAGUCGAAAUUGGGUUUUAAAACUUAAAAACUUACGUCUUUACUCUUUUAAGUUACCAAAAAGUUUUUACGUAGAAUUACACUUUUUACUUACAAAUAUAAUCAAAGUCUACACUUUAAAUCUUAAAAACUUACGAUUUUAAACUUCUGGGUCACCAAACACUUUUACUUACGUAACUUUGCGUUUUUCUACUGCAUUGGACGCAUGCUUUGCCCCCGAAGAUAGAACAUCCGGCAUAGCCUGGAAAAUAAAAAACAACUACCAUGAUUUACUGUGUUUGUGGUUCCCCAGAAUUAAUGCACUCCCUCCCAAUUGCACAACACGUGUGUCCCCUACCAGACCAGUGUGCUCCUUCUUCAUAAAUCAUUAUUAAGUGUGGUCAACACAUUGGAAUAUAACAAGUUAUUUAAAGAAAUAUUUCUACUGGCUGGAACUAGUAUUGUCACUAAACUAUCAAAACAAGUGUUAGCAUUAAAGGCUGUAAAAUCGAAUUAAGUCGCUGAGGCAGUCAAGCAAGUGGUUUGAGGUUCAAUGGUCUAAUUGAAGUCCAACCUGUUUGAGUCGCUUUAUAAAUUUUGUAAAUAUAUCUAUAAACAAAUAACGGUAAAGACUGGUAUACUUCAGGAGUAUACUAUACUCCAAGUGAUCCGACCAUUAUCUACUUCGAUGCGCUCCGACCAAUCUCAACGGACGAUUAUUAUUUUUUAUUAAAUUGAACUUCGGAUUUGAUUUUAGAGAAUCGAGGCUUGGGGUUUAUCUCAAUAGAGGUUAGGGUAUAAU